AGAGCGACAGACAGAGAGAGAGGGAGAGAGAGAGAGAGAGAGUGGGCAAAUCCACGGCACCAUGACGCACAGGUCAGCGAGUCUCCUGCAGUGAUGCUCCAUUGACUCAUUUAUCCAGAGCGAAGCAGCGCGGCUCAGGACAGUCUCCUGCCAUCAGUGCCAUGGACUCUCUCGGCGGUCUUCUCUUACGGAUAUCGGUGCUUCUGUACGGCUCCUGCGGCGUUCUGUCUCUCUUACCGGAAAUAACGGAACCCGAGUUCAUCCGCAGGUGUGUGCUGGCGCAUAACGCGCAGCGCUCGCGCACCGCUCCACCUGCGGCCAGCGCGCGCUCAAUGUCCUGGGACAAUGAAUUGGCCAAGGGUGCCAGAAACCGAGCAAGACACUGCAAGGCCUCUCAUCACCCUGGGCUGGCACAUUUCGGGCACCCGCUGUUCGGGUGGAUGGGCGAGAACAUCUGGCUGGGGGCUCCGUUUUCAGCCUUCUCACUGGAGAACGCCAUACACGGAUGGAGCAAAGGAGCUUACUCACUCAAAAAUAACAACUGCUCACGCAUGUGUGGCCACUACGCACAGUUAAUGUGGUCUACAAGCUUCAAGAUGGGCUGUGCUGUAAAUGUGUGCACUAGAGGAAUCGAAAACUUCUCCACUCACCCAGAAUCCACUAUUUUUGUGUGCAACUAUGGCGAUACGGGACACGUUCAUGGUGUUACUCCAUAUAUAGCAGGUGUGGCCUGCAGCGGUUGUGGGUCAGAGAUCUGCCGAGACAACGUCUGUAGUAAGAGCUUUCACAAUAAAACAUCACAUGGAGAUCCAGUGGUCAUCACACAUCUCGGGCGAGUUCGUGGCCGUAUUCUGGAUAAAGCUCAUGUGUUUUAUGGGAUUCCGUAUGCAGACUCUCCUGUCUGUGGGGGACAAACGCUGGGCUCCUCCUUCACCCGUGUCACCUAG